GAUAAGGUUACCUGCGAGCAGGAAUUUAAUCUACAAGGAACUACAUGUACACCAUGUCAACAAACCCUUCAUAAAUAUCCAUCUUUAGAUAUAGCUUCCCUCAUAAAUAAACAGCCACCAUCCGACAAAUGCUUAGUCUUUUCAAUUUUUCAAUAUCAUUUAAUGGAAGGAAAUGCUGCUUCAACGCCAGAUAAUAUAAUGGAUCCUGUAAACGUAAAUAACGCUUUAGACAAAACUUGUGCUGAUACCGCAAAUAAUGCUUGUAGCGAAGAUUAUGUUCAAAGUGUUUAUACUGAAAUCGAUAAAACUUGUGAUGCAGAAUUAAAUAAAAACUUCAACGGGACACCUGAUCCGAUUGGAACAAAAGCUUUCGGGGCUUUGAUUACAUUCUAUACUUCUAUACCUUUGAGAACUUAUUUCUGUACUAAAAGUGGGGAUGAAUAUUGUUUCAGCAAAUUUUUGAAAGCAGCAAAUACAUCACAAACCAAACCCCAAGGCCAAGGCCCAGAUAUUGAUCCUUUUGUUGAUAUUAUAUGUGAUGAUUGUACCCGACAAUCUCGCAAUAAAUUCAAAGAAUUUCAAGCAUCACAUCCUCUUAAUACUCCAAAUUUACAAAAAGCCCUUGCUAAUGAAACCAAAUCUCAAGAUGAAUUUGACGCAAAAUGUGGCAAAUCAAGCGCUAAAUCAAAUGGACAUCGAAUUAUAAAUGAUUUUAGUAAAUCCUAUGGAAUUUUAAUGGAAUUAGUUGUAUUCUUUUAUAUGAACUUCUUGUAA